AGCCGGAGACGCUGCGUUCGGAGCUCGCCUCCGUGUCAGCGCUGCCCGGUCCAGCCUUGCUGGGCGCUGCGCCGGAGGGACCCGCGCGAGGAGCCGAGCCGGAGCCGAGCCCCAGGCAGGAGCUCUUGGCUGGAGCCGUGCGGCCCCAUUUAGCCAUGGACUAGCCCUGGGACUCUCUGAGCACUGGCACAGCUGCAAUCCAGAGCUGGCUCCAUCCCCAGGUGGCUGUCAGUGUGCUCGUGGGCCGAGAGGAUGGCUGCCGUGUGACCAGCCCGCACCCUGGCCCAGCUCCCGGCGUGGCAGGCGUGCUACGGCACGGCAAUGAAUGAUGCGUCAACAAUGGAUUAUGAACUGCUGUCCCCCUCCCUGGUGGAGCCCCCUGCCACCGGCCUGGGCAUGGAUGCCGAGCAGAAGACGGUCUUCGCCUUCGUCAUCUUCCUCCUGGUCUUCUUGGUGAUGCUCAUGGUGCGCUGCUUCCGCAUCCUGCUAGACCCCUACAGCCGCAUGCCCGCCUCCUCCUGGACUGACCACAAGGAGGGGCUGGAGAGGGGCCAGUUCGACUACGCGCUGGUGUAGUGGGGCCAGGAACUCAGUGCGCCCCCCCGCCCCGCCCCUGCCUUUCUCUGUGGAGCGCUGCCCUGCCCCCUAGGGAUUCUGCCAGUUGGGAGGGCGGAAGGGGCCUGCCUGGGUUUGUCUCUUUUCUAGGCACUUCUCCAUUUUCUCCUUAAGCUGCAGCACCGUGCGUGGCUUGGAUAUUUGGGGGGAUCUGGUGAGGGGGUGUCUGGGAUGAGACGAGCCUGGUGAGCCCUUGAUUCAAAACAGGUCCCCCCAGAUGGCAUUCUACUGUGCUUCUCAGUGUUGUGUGCUAUGGGUGUGGGCAUCGGGGUGGGGCCUAUUGGGGUGGAGUGGGGCAGGGCCGGUUUCUCAGGGUUUCUGGCCUGGGUGGCUCCGUACCAGACACGGCCCGAGCAUGGUGUCUGCCAUUGUCGCCCAGGACAGGGCUGUGCAGUUCUGUGUCCGGGUGGCCUCAUGGCUGAGCCCUGGCUGUUGGGGCAGGGGGUUGUUAUAGGCACCUCAAGUUCUGGCUUCUAUGACUUUCCCAUUGAAUUAACAGUCCCCAGGGUACCCCAUGCCAUGUGAGCUGGAUGCUGCCCGUGCCUGCCCCAUGCAGCCAUUGCCCCACAUACGAGGCAGCCCUGCCACCUGAGUGCCAUCAAUGCACAGCGCCCUCCUUGGUGGAGCACCCCCUAUUGGUCUCGCUCUGCAUUACACUGUAGCGAACCCCACCACCCCCAGCUGGAGAAAAUGCCUCUGACCAAAGGUGCAGCCCUGCAGCCGACUACAGAGCCCCUGCUACAGCUGCAGGGCACCAGGCAGCCCGGCCCUCUCGCCCUGGGGAUGCUGCAGUGACAGGAAGGAACUAACGCUCCCCAGUGAGCUGUGGGCCUGCUCUCAGUGGCCUUUCCCAGGCCUGCCAGUGGCUCAGCACCAGAGGUACUGGCUCCAGUGGGGUGGAGGACCCUCUCCCCUCACAAGCGCUCGAUCAGGUGAGACUGACACCUCCCAGCUGCCCAGGGCACAGAGCUGACGUGAUGGAGCUUUGUCUGGAACAGGACCUCACUUCCUGCCUCCAGCCCAGGGCCAUGCUAGCCUUCCAGGGCGAGACAGACGCUGCAGUCAGGCACAGGCCUAGCCAGACUCCCUGUUGGGUUAUAGCCAUGGCAGGAGGGUUUGAGGUGAGGGUGUACAGCUGAAGGGUGUGCCCAGGAGAGAGCAGACCCUCCUCUUCCACAGAACUAAAGCUGCACUUCUGCUAACCCCUCCCAGCUCGGCCUCCUCUCUCUGCUGCUUUUUGUCAUGGAUACACCAUGUCCCUGAGAACAAGCACAUCUGGCCCCACGCGCCGCCACGUCCCCCCAUGUGAGUCAAAGCUGGCCAUAGGCCCCACCACAUCCCCCAUGAGCCAGAGCCAGCCCCACACACUACCACUGUGUGAGCCCAGUAGGGUCCCGCAGGGAUCAGUUCUUGGCCCUCCACUAUUUAACAUUUUUAUCAAUGUCCUGUAAGAAAACAUAAACCAUCACUGGUAAAGUUUGCAGAUGACACAAUCACUGGGGGAGUGGUAAAUAUUGAAGAGGCCAGGUCACUGGUAGGGUGCUAUUUGGCUCGCUCAGUAAGCUGAUGUAAGAAGUAUAGGUGUCAUAUGCCUUGAAAAUACAUUGUUCAUAGAAUAUCAGGGUUGGAAGGGACCUCAGGAGGUCAUCUAGUCCAACUCCCUGCCUUCACUAGCAGGACCAAUUUUUUGCCCCAGAUCUGUAAAUGGCACCCUAAAGGAUUGAACUCACAACCCUGGGUUUAGCAGACCACUACUCAAACCACUGAGCUAUCCCUCCCUGCUCUUAUCUCCUCUCUGCCCUUCUUGUUCACAGCUCUUGUCCACUCUCUGCCCUUCUAAGUAACUGCAGCCAAUCAUCCUGGUGUAUCUUCCAAAACCUUAGCUUCCUCCUUGAGCUAAAGGCAAUGAGGAUCAAUAGGGCCUGUCCCAGGAGGUGGGGCAUCUUGUCUGCAGAGCACUAAUUAAGCUAAAGUUAAACUACACAAUUCCCAGGAAAGGAAAACUCUGAUGCUUGAUAAGGAACCUCCCAGCUGUUGAUAGUUAUUCACACCAAAGAGUCCCUUAUUCACUAGUGGUUAAGAUGUUCAACUCUCUUCAUCUAGCUAAAGAGACCCCUUACCAGGCAACAGACAAGAAUAAUUGCCCCCUUUCUUGUGCCCUAUUGUCUCCUGUCUUCGGGCUGCCCCCCUUCCCCCAGAGCACCCAGGUGCACUUGCCUCUGUUUCCCCUUUCAGAGUGCUCAGGAACUCCACUAGAAGCUCUCUUGUCUCAGUAAUACCCCUUCUUGGGGCUGGUUAUUACAAAAUUACUGUGCCAACAGUCCAAAAGGCAAGUGGAACACAUAGUCCAUUUAUCAUCCCAGUGCAGGUAGUCCUUAAAAUCCAAACAUCAUCCAUGGGCAUAAUACAUCCUGCACUCUGGUGCCUUCUGCCAUGCCCGAACAGUCCUCUUUUGUCCCUCUACAAGGGCAGCUCCCCUAGCCCUACCAGCUGGAGUGCAACCCUGCUGUUCCCAGCAGGACCCCCAGAGCCUCUCUGCAUCCCUCACUCUCCUGGCCCUGUCACUGUUCCCUGGGCUCCAGCUCUCUUGCAUGGAGCUGUCAGGUUAACCCCACUGCAGUCCUCUGGCCUCCAGCCUUUGGCUUCAGCGCUCUGGCUUAGAGCCAGCAGGUACCUCCCUCUGCUCUUCUCUGGCUCAUGCCCUCUGGCUUGGGGAUGUCAGACAGCAAACCCCUCUUGCUGCUCUCUUGGCAUCAGCCUUCCCGCAGGCACCUCCUCCACUCCCUGGCCUCUGGCAGCUCUUCCCUGCCGUUCUCUGGACUCUCACUUCCAGGCAGCUCUCACCAGGUUGAUCUUUCCUGACUCACCAGGUUGCUCUUCCCUCGAGGCUUCAGGUGCCUUCUUGUAAUCCCAACUGGAGUGAGCUGAUGAAUCACAGGUACACUGGCUCUGCUCCUUCUUGAAGAGCCAGUGUCAGCCUGUGACAUUUCCUUGGUAUGAACCAAGGACCGGGAGUGAGUAUGGAAGGUGUUAAACCAACGAGAAAUAACUCGUGAAACCUGAUGGUCAAAUGGGGCACACUUCUCGUUCCCCCAAGAAAUCCAAACUGCUUACCCCUCUCCCCAAACUCCACAGUUGUUUGCCUUAUUAAUCAGAUCUUCAUCUUUCUAUGUGAAUAAUCUGUCUUGUUCCUUCAAUGUAAUGUCUCGUGUCCUAUGAUAAGCCCUGAAAGAUGUGCAGAGUGUUAGAUAUAAUCCAAGAAUAUAUGGACCGUGUCCUCUAGAUUUAGAAAACUAGAAGGGAUUUUGUUUGUUUUCUUUGUUUAUGGUUGUUGCACUAGAGAAUGGUAUGCAUUGUAUGGCAUGAGAAGAGAUAACACUACUACAUAGGACUAGAUGGGGCCAUUUGGAUCAUCGAGUAUUGCAUGGUACAGGCACUGAACCAAGGUAUAACUUUGGAAUAUUAAGAGAAAUUGCUUAAAGGAGGGAUCCCAAUUCAAAGUCAGGGUUAAUACUGAAAUAUAAUCCAUGAAAUUAAUCAAACCUAAAAAAAACCCCACGACUGAAAGGAGCAUUGAAGACAUUUGUUAUAUGCCAUCACCAUCUACUGGACACUGAUGGAAGUAACAAAGAAACAGCGUUGGAAGUUGAGAGUCAUUUAGAAAGCAUCCAGUAGAAACAAGAGAGCAGACACCUUCCAGCUAGCCCUGAAAUCAGGGUAAAUAAACCUGAAGUCAUGUUGGACCUCAGAGCUUGCUGAACCCAGUAACCAGCCUCUCCCCUUAUCCAGGCUCAUGGGACCAAGAAGAGUUUGCAAUGUUUGCUGAACCUCCAUGUGUGGAUGACUCUCCUCAGGGCCACAGGUCUAAGCCGGAGUGACUGAACCCACAAAUAAGGUGCAGCAUCCAGCAGUAUGAUUGACAUGUGAACCAGCUGGGUGGCAAGGAUCCCCCAUCCCAGGAUUAACAAAAUAAGAAGUGAUGAGCGUCCGUUUCAAAGAUUAUAUUUCCAUCUCUGAUCUUUAACUGAAGGUGUGUGUUAUCUCACUGAUUCUACACUCUUUAAUGAGAUGUCAAGUAACCAAAUUUUGGAUUUUGACUAAUUAAUGCGGUAUGUAUACUCUCCUUAUAAGUCCAAGCAGACUGAAAUAAGAGCAAUUUAAACUGUAACUUUAAGCAAUUGCUUUUGGUAUUUUAAACUUGCCCCUUUCAUACCAAACCAUUCAAAUAGCAGGGACCACAUUCUUCAAGGUGCCUUUAAAACAAGUGCAUCCUUACUCCUUGGAGAGAUACUAGGAGUGUAUUAAACGUAUUAGAAGUACUAAAGAAUUGAUGGUUAAUGAUCAUAAGAAUGGAAUAAGAAAUCUUGGUGAUUUGCUUUGUUCCUUGGUAUAACUGCUGAGCCUCAACGCUAGUCUAUGACAAUUGCUUGCAAGAUUGUAUUUAUAUGUUCAGUAAAUGCCUAAGAACAUUGGUUGUGUCUAUACUUGGUUGACGAACUGUUGAUUGUAUACUUUUGUGUUUCUGGGUGAAUUAAAUAAACUGUUGAUUGGUUAAGAA